GAUUUUCCAGAAACAGCUCCAAGCAAUCAUUUCGCGAACGAACGCAGGAUGCGUAUCGAAGCGUGAGCUCCGCCUGUGGAGGAGGCACACGUUGGCAUGGGCACUUCAGUUGGCAUGCGCACUUCUUGAGGAGGGCGCCCGCUCACUGCAGCGCCGCAGGCAGGGCGCUGCCCUCUCCUCCUGGGCCCCCCGCCUCAUUAGUAUUCCCACCAAAACACCAAACAUGAAACGUCUCGGCCGCCUUUUGUCCGUCUCCGCUUUUUCCGCCUUCGUGCAGGGCGAUCCACCGACCCCCGAAUUGAUCUGGCGCAAACUCAGUGACACGGUAGACGUGACCCUGGUCCCAAACGCAGCAGACGUCACUGGCGUCGAGCUCUCGUCUAAAAAAGCCACGCUAAGGUUCAUUCGAGAUGUUGGAGCUGUGCCCUCGUCGCGGGGUGAAGGUGAAGCGGACAAAGCCGUGGACGACGGACCCUCCCAGUCUAGCUCUUCGGCCAAGCAAAGUGCGCAGCAGCAUCCUGCAGCGCAGCAUACGGAGGAUCAAAAGCCACUACCUUCGGGAGGACGACAUGGGGAACAGCAAAUGGCAGGACUGCAACAUGCCGAAAUGCUGCGACAGGAUGCGAACAAAGCUGCCUCUACGGCUUCUGCCGCCAUCGUCACGGAGCAGGACUUGAACCGAAUCAAGACUUCCGACUACAACGAGGAUAAGAUGGUGGUGAGCCUCCUCGGGGAGGAAAAUGCCCAGUCCGAGUCGGAUACAGAGCUGGACCUCUUAGACCUGGAGCUGCAAAACGCCCGGCGCUCCUCUCCUUCCUCUAGCUUUUUGCAAGUGACCAAACAGGACAACUUGAACCUUGGUGAAAACAUCGAUCUGCGAAGGAAUCUCGCGAGCGCGUUUGAAUCGUUAGAAAGAGUGGUGGUCGACAGCGGGAACUACUUGAUGAGCAGUAGCGGGGGCACUUUCACUAAAACUCUGUCGGCUGCUGCCCCUAGCACAAGUAAGAAACAGAAGCAAGUCGUCGCGCACCUGCAACACGAGAAGAUUUUACAAGGAACUGCGAAGAUGAUGAAAGGUGCUGCCCCUACAGCACCCGCAAGUGUGAAGAGUUUGGCAGGAAACAAAAAGUUUAUGACGAAGCAAGUCACCGCCAAGACGAAGACCACCCCUGCGUCUUCUGCCGACAAGAAAUUGGCUGACGGACGACCAGCGCCGGCGGAAAAAAAGCACGACCCGACCACAGGAAAACACGAGCAAAAGUUGUUCUCGACUUUGCGACAAGAGUACGAAGAGCUGGCUGAGGAUAAAUUUCUCAAUUACCGCAACAUCAAGAAAAUUAUCGUCGAGCGCAUUCCGGACAAAUCCAACGCGCUGCUGAUCAUGGCAUUGAAGGAACAGGGGUCAACAAUAUCUUCAUCCCCAUCCGAGGACAAGAAUUCCUCGCAGGAGCUGCACGAGCAGCAGGAUCGUGACGCGACGACACAGAUGAAAAUCACGAUCGCGCCAGUGCAAAAGUGGAACACCGGCGCCAGCCUCGCAUCUCCGAUUUUGCCCAAGGCGAGUCUGUUGCGCUCGCAUGUGCACUUCUUUUUCCCGGUUGUGGACGAGAGUGAAGUUGUUGAUUCUGCUGGGAGCGAGAUGAACGGGGAUCAUGGCCAAGGAGGAGUAGAAGAAACAUCAACCGCAAAGCCGAAUGCAGCUGCAAAGAACAUAUCUAGCGGGACGAGAACAACUGGGAACCCCUUCCGGCGGAAGAAGCAUCCAAAGUUCUUGCACGGGACGUCGACUACUAAAAGACCUGCUGGCCGCUUGGAGAACAACCCCGGUGAGAAGAAGCCGAAAAUCUCCGUUCCCGAUUUCGCCGCGAAACCGCUCGCGAGUAUCAUGGACGAGUACUUUGCCGCGGCGAAGAAAGCGACGGAAGAACACGCGGUGCGUCUUGUGGUUGAUGCUUCUGAGCAACUGCAAUCCAGUGCUGCUGCUGGCGGAACUCCAGCGUUUUCGACGACUGCAACGACUUCCAAAACUCUUUCAUCUUCAUUCCAGCAAAAGAGUGCGAUCCAAGAGACCGCGACCACAGCUGGAGGUGCAGAGCAAGUUCUUGGGGCUGUUGAUUGUGGAGCAGCAUCGUCAGACGACAUUGAGAAAUCUGUCGAGAAGGAACCUUCGCAGCUGGAAAAGGACGCGAUGGAGUGGACUUUGAUGGAAGCAAACGAAAAUCACAAGUCCGGCGCAGACAAGUGGACUAAUUUGAAGAACAAAUUUGCAGAUCGGAAAAUGAUGACAAGUUCAGCUUCUUCAGAUAAUAAGCAACAAACUUCGACUUCCAGCACAAGAACAUCAGUGGCUACGACGGGACAGCAAGGCAAGUCCGGGAUGACAAACAAGGCCCAACUACAUCAACUCCGACACGAGACGGAAUUGACAAAAUUUCUACGCCAAGACGUGAAGAAGGCACAGGAGGCGGCAAUUCCGGUGCGAAGUGAUUUAGAAGUAGCCUCCGGCUCUUCCGUUGUUGUUCCCUCACAUCAGGCAGGUGAACUUCCACGACCGGCAGCGAGCAACUUUCACUUGCUGAAAGCUGAGAUCGAGCAACGGGAGCAAAUUGACAACUCCGCGACCGAGAACGCACUCAAGCAGUACGAAGCGGACCGGGAGAAGGAAAAGGAGCGGUCGGUGGUUAUCAUAUGUAAAAACACCCCCACACCAUACACAAGAUGAGAAGUCUGCAACACAAAUUCCAAAGUUUUGGGAGUUCUGCAUGACAAAUCUAGCCCCAUAGUGCAACCCUGUUUAGCUAGUUAAACAGCAUCACAGAUGUAGCACAUCGUGCCGAUUGGAGCAUGACAAAUUUAGAAACAUGACUAAAAACCGCCUUCCAUGGGGCUCCGCAUGAGAAGCAUUUUUACACUGCAGAUUUGCAUGACGACUCUGGGGCGCGGACGUUUUCACAUAGGAUAGUGGUGGAAAAAACCGAUUCGCAAAGAGCGAAAGCAGCUUCCUCCGCUGGGGGCGUUUUUGACACAGCGGAGGUCGAGAAGAGCUUGAAUUUGAAGCCGCGAAACUUGGAAACCGAUGUGAAAGAGCAGUUUGAGGAGCAGACAGCCGGACCGUCAUCAAACGCCGGAGAAUAUUCCCCAGGUGGACCUCCUGUGGGAGUCAUUAACCACCUUGUCCAAAACCACCUCCGUGCACAAGCCAUCUACCAGGCGGCUGCCGGGCAGGGUCCGCUGGAGGUUUCGGCUGGCGGCGCGAAGGAAAAGCUCGAAGCGUCGAAAGAAACGAAGCGAGAAAUGGACGAUUUGUUCGCGAAGGCGGCUAGCAGUACAGUGACUAGUUCUAGCGCGGAGACGAGGAGAGAGAGGGAACAACAGGAGGACAAAGCGGAGACGCCCAGCGGAACGGCUUUGAGCUCGUACCUGAAACAGCAAGCAGUGCCAGCAGUUGAGGCUCCUGCUGAAAAGCCUGCUGUCCCGGCAAAAGUGGAGAACGGCGCGAGGACCCCUGGCGUCGAAGAGCAAAGUCCCGCGGUCGUGAAGAAAAAGACUGAAGGCGCAGUUCCGGCCGCUGCUCCCGUGGUUGAUGCGGGGAAAGAUGAUUCCAAAAAACAGGAAGCUACUGCGGCCAAGAAUAAGGAAAAGAGUUCGAAGACCGAGGUGAAGCAGGGAAGUGAUGCUACUGGUUGUACAACUGCUAGCACCACAGCUACCUCCACAACAGCCGGAGCAGAGCAAACUGUUCGUGAAAGCACGGAGAAGAUGGGCGACGCUUUUGACGCGCUCGAUGCCAGUUUGGAGGACGCCGUGCUGCAUCCGGUCGAGACACUGGUGAAAAAAGUCGAGAAACAGGAAGCGGAAACAAAAAACAAGGCGGCGACAACGCUUACGGCGAAACAAGAGAAGAAACCGACCACAACAACGUCAACAGCCGUGCAGGAGAAGCAGCGCACUACCGCAACACCUGACAUCAAAAAGUCAUCCUCAUCUGCACCGUCGGUCAAAGCUCCUGGUACAGCAAGCGCGAUUGGAACAAAGGCUGCGCCUGGAGCAGCUGCGGUGAGAGAGAAAGCUCAAAAGGAGCAGAAGGUCGUGGUUGGUGACGAACAGAUGAAGCGGCAGGUACGCCACAACGAUGCCGUUUUUCAGAAAACCCGAGGAGGUGGAGAGCAGGAGAAAGCUCGCGCUCCUUCGCUUCCGACCGCAUCGAGGAAGGUGACUCUCGGGGGAAAAGAGGUUCCUAAGGAGGCUCGCGUGUCCAACAAGAAUGCUGUGCAAGUGGAGCCGACGAUCACCAGUUUCAACCCGUAUUCCAACACGAAAAGAAUCCUGGUGAACAAGCCUGACACGAAUAAAAUGAAGGAAAAAGCAAUGCAAGAACAGAUGAAAGUAGCUCCUAGUCCUACUACUUCUACUUUGUCCUCGCAGGAAAGGUCUCCAUCUCCUCUCCCGAAAGGAGCUACAUCGAAGAGGAAAAUGGCCCAACUGGACACCUCCGAUGAGGCGUCGAAGAGCUUCUGGUCUAGCAUGCUGGUCCAGCACCACACUCAGCAGCAGAUUGAGAUGAAGGCGGGGAAGACUGUUGUUGUUGGGGCUCCAUCGGAUAGUACCACGAAGAAGACAAAAGAACUGCAAGCCGCACCUUCCAAAAGUCCUCACGUAUCUAGCGCGCUUGCGCAACUAGUGAAACAAGAUGCAUCGGAUGCGGGAGUAGAGAAGCAGGGUGAGCAAACUAGUACUUCGAAGAAAAUCGAUUUGAACGCCGACAUGAAACUGCUCGACGGUCUAGCGGCGAAGAGUCUGAAGAAGCGAGGAAACAAGGGCGCGAGUACAAGUGCUUCUACAGGUGCUUCUUUUCCCAACGUGAUGAGAUUUUCUACUUCUUCUCCUCUCGUAGCUGUACAACAAGAAACAUCCCGGUUGGAGGACAAGAAGACAACCAGAACAACCGGCGCAGGUGAAGCAACAGAGCAGGAUCAGGACAAGAAUCGAAUCCAAAGCACCGCCGGCGGGCGACUCUCUGCGUUAGCGCACGAACUGUUUGCCGAUUUGGAGCCGGGAAAGAAAAAAGCGACACCUGGAAGAACCUCGAAGACCAACAAGCUUGACAUGUGGCUGCAGCGGGCUACGGAGCAGGAAGCGGCUGCGAAAACGGCUACAUCCGGUGCAGCAGCAGCUUCUAACGAGCUGCCUAGAGACGCCAACGGUGCUGGCAUUGCAAAUCAAGCCAGGGCCGCGGCCUCCGCCGCCUCCCCUGCUCCGGUCGUCUCUUCGCAACGCCAGCAGUUGGCCGCCAAGGUUGAGGCUGACGGGAAGAAGGUGGCGGAGUUGGAUGACGGUGCUUCCGACUCAACGGCCGCCUCCUCAGAAUCUGAGAAAUUCCUGCAAAAAUACCUGCAGUCGGGUACUAGUGAAGAUGGCGCGGACGAUGCUGACGCGAGCAGUACAACCGUUGGCAACAAGAACAAGAAAAUCUUCCUUCAGGAGGCCGCAGCUUCUGGCCAGCAGACAGUGAAGACCAGUGCAAGUCAGAAGCUCGCUUCGGAAAAAUGGUUCGACCAGCUGGAUACGAGCCAUUUGUUCGAGACGUCGUUACAUCAAUCAGGACUGGAGAAAAAUCAAGCUGACACUCGCACAACUGCUGCUUCGACCGCCGGAGCGGCAGGGCGAGCAGAGCGGCAGUCGUCCUUCAGUACGGAAGUCGCGGAUUUUUCCCAGAAAGGAGAGCCGACCAAUGACGAGAAGAGGGCGAAGCUUGCGCUCGCACAAGAGAUGAGCACAAAUAAUUCGCGGGAGGACAAAAAUCAUGCGGCUGCAGUGAACUCGAACUCCUGGUCGGAGUUUAACCAGAAGUGGGGAACAUCAACUUCUACCGAGCGGGAUGGAACUACAGCCGCUGCUGGUGCGAGUAGAAAAAAGCGACACAAUCGCUAUCUGGAUCUGUUGGCGUAGAAAUCAACUUUUCUUUUCGUGGUCAAGUUGUUGUACCGAUAAUUUGACUUUAAAACAGAUUGUCUUUUCCGCGACGCGGCUACAGCCGCCUUCGCUUUAAGAUUUUUAAUUGAACCUGUACUUUUUGCGGUGGAAGAUUCUUUUUGUCGGACAAAAAUGUUCCUUUGUGUCUUCCGCAGAACGUCGGAUCAGGCGUGUUGACGGCUUUCGAGGUGGUAAUCUGCAUCUCUGUUCGC